AUGAAAGAGCAAAGGAAGACGCUGGAAGAGUUAUUGCUAUGCCCCGGAACGUACCCUAAUCUCUUUGCAAGGUGUGGAGUGAGAAUGGGACGAGGCGUGCUUCUUUGCGGGCCGUCUGGAUGCGGAAAAACAAUUUUGGCAAAGGCCUUUGCAGCCCACACCAAAUUCCAGACGAUUUUUAUCAAGGGCCCAGAACUGCUAUCUAAAUACAUAGGCAGUAGUGAGGAGAAUGUGCGAAACGCUUUUGCUAGAGCCCGAGCUAGUGCUCCUUGCGUUCUGCUAUUUGAUGAGCUGGACUCAUUGGCGCCUAGAAGAGGAGCUGAUAGUACUGGAGUAACCGAUCGAGUCGUAAAUCAGCUGUUGACCGAAAUGGAUGGAGCCGAGGGGUUGAAUGGCGUUUUCGUGCUUGGCUGCACAUCGCGAGUCGAUCUGAUCGACCCGGCGCUGUUGAGACCAGGGCGCUUUGACCACAAAUUAGUGUGUGACGCGCCGAAUGCGGAAGACCGCGAAGAAAUCCUGGAAAUCGUUCUAAAGAAAAUCGAACGCGAGGGUGAAUUUGAUUUGAAACAGCUGGCCCAUAUGAGCGAGGGUUGGACGGGCGCUGACUUAAAUGCAUGGAUGCUGAAUGCGCAUUUCCUAGCAAGCAGGAAGAACCCAGGCGAAGAUACCCCAAUCGCGAUGCUUAGGGCCCAGACAUUGAUGACAACACGGCUGAAAGGAGCGCACAAGGGCCACUCGCUGCUGAAGAAGAAGUCGGACGCGCUGAAUCUGCGUUUCCGCGAGGUGCUUCGGCAGAUUGUGGAGGCAAAGAUGGCCGUUUACGGGGAUGUAAUGGAUGAUGCGCGCUUCUCCCUCGCCGAAGCCAAGAAUCGAGCCGGCGACUUCUCACAGACGGUCAUCCAAAACGUCGCCACGGCCCGCUACCGGGUCCAAUACACCACCGAGAACGUGGUCGGCGUCGUGCUUCCGGUGUGCAAGGUCAAGAAGUCGGGCGCUGACCGUUACAUGCUCACCGGGCUCGGAAAAGGUGGAGCGAAGAUUUCGGCGGCCAAAGCGAAAUAUGCGCAAGUCAUCGAGCUGCUGGUCGAGUUGGCAGGGCUGCAGACUUCCUUCGUGAAGCUCGACGAGGCCAUCAAGGUAACAAAUCGACGAGUGAACGCCAUCCAGCAUGUGAUCAUCCCGCGGCUCGAAAACACGCUCAGCUAUAUCGUCACCGAGCUCGACGAGAUGGAACGGGAAGAGUUUUUCAGGAUGAAGAAGAUUCAGGCGAACAAGCGCAAGCAAAGAGAAGCUGCUGAGACCGUGCAGACCGUUACGGAUCGCGUGAAGCUUUGGGUCGAGGCGACGGUGACGCAGGUCGGCUUCCCGGGGAUCCUGUUGUUCGCAUCGAUCCCGAACCCGCGGUGCGAUCUGGCGGGGAUCACUUGCGGCCACUUCCUCGUCUCGUUCUGGUCCUUCUUCACCGCCACCCUCAUCGGCAAGUCGAUCAUCAAGAUGCACGUCCAGAUGCUGUUCGUCAUCGUCGCCUUCUCCGAGCACUACGCGGAUCGACUUCUCGAAAAUAAUGGCGGAAUUCACGGAAAAAUCUGCACCCUAUUCGCUCGUCUGUACAUCUGUGAUUGGGCGUCUAUGGGUGGCAAGGAGCGACCGGGUGACGCGCCUGGUAAGGCGGCGAUGGCCGCGCUCGCGAAAGCCGCAUCGCCAUUCGGCCCGCUGUUCCUCAUUUUUCUGACACAGCUGAAGAAAAUCAUCGAGCACCGAAGGGCUAAUCGGCUUCGCGGCGGGUCUUCACUCACGUCAUCACCCUCCAAUUCAUGGCUUCCCACCGGGGCCUGGCUGCGCGGCUACUUUUGCAGCGCGAAGGAAACUCCCCCAAAAGAGGAAGAAUCGAUCGGUCAGAUUCGGGAUGGCUCGCACCGCAAAUGUACCACGGCUGCCCAAACCCAGGAGAAUCCCUCAAAAGAUGAGGAAUCGACCAGUGAGAUUCGGGAUGGCUCGCACCGCAAAUGUACCACGGCUGCCCAAACCCAGGAGAAUCCCUCAAAAGAUGAGGAAUCGACCAGUGAGAUUCGGGAUGGCUCGCAUCGCAAAUGUACCACGGCUGCCCAAACCCGGGAGAAUCCCUCAAAAGAUGAGGAAUCGACCAGUGAGAUUCGGGAUGGCUCGCACCGCAAAUGUACCACGGCUGCCCAAACCCUGGAAACUCCCCCAAAAGAGGAAGAAUCGAACUGCGCGAAUCGGGAUACCAUGCGCAGCGGUGUCAAAGUUGUGAGCUUUCGAGUCGCUAUUCGCGAUGGCCGUCGUCUGGCUAACCGGUACGAUCAGGACGACGCGCAAUUCGAGGCGCAUCUUGCCAAGCAGUUAAAAGUACUGCUCCAACACGGCGACAUCCUCAAACAACAUUGUGCUCUCAUCAACACCAACAUUGGGGCGACCAUCCAGCAGCUAUCCGGCGACCGACGUGAACUGGCCGAUUUCCCGAACCUAUAUGCGAAGAUGAAGGCGGACUGGAUCGCGGGUAAUACGACACUGUCAGACGGCUCGGCCCUGACCCCGCAGUAUCGCUUUUGUGUUUCCCCGUUGAAGUGCGAGUAUUGUGACGCUGGAGAGCCGCUCGUCCAGUUUGCGAACGGUUCUGACGGACAGAUGGAGCGAAACACAGCCGGCCAGAAGCCUGCCCAGGCCCCCGAGCCCGCCACGUCCAAGCCAACCGACGUUGCCGGCAAUGACACGUCAUUGGCGAAGCUCGCUAAAAUUGUGGAUUUGACCACGAAGCCGGACUGUGUUCGGUGUGGCGAGGCGGCAAAAGACGAUGCGUAUGGAGUGUCGGCGUGCGGCGAUUGCAAGCACGACUUCCGGAAUGCCCUCCGGUACAAGGAUGUGAAAGCCUGCCGCGGCAAAUGCACACCGGACGCGCCAUGCGCCUAUCACCGCCUUCAAGAGUUUAUCGGCCUGGGCUUCAAGCCUAAUAUGAUCCGCGGCCACGCCAACGAUCCGCAGCUC